GUUGGAGGCCACGGCCAGAUGAAGGCUCUAAGGAAAAAAUGAAGAAACGACUCUGAAUAUGACUUAGUCCUACACUUGAUAAAGGUAAUCGUAUGCCGAUGAAGUAGUAAAGAGCGUGAACAAGAUUUUGAUUUGCCUCAGGGAUAAAUCUACGAGAUAGAGGGAAAUGCCUACGAUAUGAAUAUUUUCCCACGUCGUCGUCUGCAUGCAGCGAUCUCGUACGUCUUGCUCCCGCCGUACAAUUGGAGACCUUGGAAGUAGCUACCAUCUGCUCGGGUGAACAUGUUCAAGAUGAUCACAAGGCGGCCGAGGAGUUUGGUCUUGUGGCUUGGCGUCGGAGCUGCGUUGGCUGAAGAUCGCGCAAGUUACUGGCCUGGUGUGAAUCGUAAUAUUGACGGACUCAAACUUACCUCUCUCUUUACAAUCGCGUCAACAUCCGAUCACGGCCGUGAUGAAGACGAUGCUACCGCUCAGGGAAAUACUCUGCGACAGCUAGCGGCCUCCAGCAGCGUCACCAAGGCUCGUCCUGAGGGUACCAAUCUGGUUGAGGAUGAGACCACCACCAUUUCGGGCGAAGACGACACUUCCAGAAGGAGAUGGAAGCGCCAUUCGGUCGAACAUCGCCUGCUCUACCAUGAAGAAGAUGACUCUUCUACGACAUCACGAAAUCAUCGUAAUUUGCAGCAGUCCUCAAUCACCCACUCGUCUUCAUGGUCAAAUGCAAGAGAUCGCAUUCGCAGCUUGGCUCGCAUGAGCCGCGCUAUGAGUUCGCCGACUGUCGAUAUGGAAAACGAUCUUGCAACCUUUGCGGAACUAUUGG